ACUUAAAUGAGAUUGUCCAUACUCUCAGUGAGAGCAACGGAAAACGUCUUGUUGUCAUAACUGGUUUACCAGGUUUUGGCAAAUCGUGUUUGGCCCAGAAAAUUGGUCACGCGAUGGUUGAAAAAAAUUUUCAAGUUAUUUUCCUUUGCUUGCGAGAAAUCAGAAGCGUCUGGAAAAUGUGUGAAAAUAUUUUGAUGUCUCUAAGAGUAAGCGUGUGUCCGAGUUUAACACGCAAACAGUCCGAACUUGCAUUGUACCAUUUGAGGUCUCUAACCACACGAACCAUCCUCAUACUUGAUAACGCUGAAGAUCUGCUUGGGAUCCCUGAAGAAAGGGACAAAUUCAAUAUAUUUGUGAAAGAGUUGGCUUCGUACGCUGUACAAGUGAAAUGCGUCAUCACAUCACGUCAAAUGUGUUCAACCUCAUGUCAAGUCCCUGUCAAAUUGGUCAGACUUGUCUCCUUGGAAACCGGGGCUGCCGCUAAACUCCUCCAAGCCAAAGUUAAAGAUAACACUGGGUUGCAACUAGGAGACGAAGAAGCCAAAACAAUUGCAGAUCUUUGUUUGAACGUUCCCUUGAUAGUACACGCAGCUGCAGCAUACAUUGAAAAUGUUGGGGGCCCACAAGCUCUGAUAGAGGUUUUAAGAAGACACUUCGCCCCGUUGGAACUGGCUAAUAAAGAGGCAUUGUCUCCUGAUUUGCAAAUGAAGACGUUUCUCUAUGAUUGCCUGCAGCAGCUUGGCCCAGAGCUGGAAAAGGCACUGAUCUCGUUAGCUGUGUUCCCAGCAGCUUUCCAUCGCGAGCAAGUGUCUAUUGUUUUUGACGGUCAGCAAGCUGAUCUCUUGAUUCAAGACGAUAUUUUACUUCAGCUGGGAAAAAAAUCACUUAUUCAUAGAGACGUGAAGACAAACGAGUACUUUGUACACCGAGUAAUUCAACUCUGCUGUGAGGAAAAAGCAAAGAAAGAUGAGAAUUUACACGUUUGUUACAAUGAAGCGCGCGACAGGUUUGUUCAGCACUACUUGGGACUUGUCUCGGAGCUUCAUCGAAAUUUCUUGUGUAAAGAUGUCUUAAAAGAAACAAUAUGUCGUUACUGGAGAGAGGAGCAGCACAUUAUUCAAGCAAUCGUUUGGGCGCUGCAAGGUGGAUCAUCCCUUUCGACAAGCUGCGUGCAAGUUCUUAACAACGCGGUGGUUUUCCUGGCCAAAGUCAUGAAGAGGCAGGACUUCGAGGACAUCCACCAUGCCGUAAUUGCAGCCUUCAAGGGUGAUACCCAGGUGAUGGCCGAUUGCCUUACGUGCGUUGGUAUAAAGCUCAUUUACUGCUGCGAGUGUCACCGAACAUGCAGUGUCGUCUCUGAAACGAGCUACAGUGUGCUUCAGAAAGCUCUCGAGCUUUACAGACAGAUGAAUGUCAAGGACGGGGAGCUGUUAGCGCAGUGCUACAGUAAGAUUGCACGCUGUAUGGCCAAGAAUGGCACUCCCACGAAGGCUCUGGAGUUAAGCGAACAGGCUCUUCAAAUGAGGGAAAAGAUGAGGGAGAAAGAACCGUUCAAGUACGCAGCUUGCUGUCACGACAGAGCAGGUAAGGCGAACGAACAGGGUCUAAAGGGUAUUCUCGGGACCCGGGAUUUGACUGAACUACUUUGAGGGAUUCGGGAAUACGCAAAAACGGGAUACGGGAUUUGCCUUUUUUGGCUGCUACUCGAUCGGGAAGCGGGACUCGCUAAACGUUUGACACGGGAUGCGUUAUUGGAAAAGAAAAAACGGUAUUCUGGGUAGAGAUGACAGAAGUUCGGGAUGCGGGAUUUUCGCGAAAAAGGUGCGGGAAUGCGGAUCAAACACUGAAAGAAGAAUUUGAAUGCCGUCAGUUGUUUUGGGAAAGGAGUAGUCAUAGAGACAGCGUGACCUUGACGAUAAUGGUCAGUGCAUUGCCUUGUAAUAGACCUUUUUACCGAUACGGCGGCCAUAUUGAAUUAAUUCGAUUUAAGGAUUACUAUAGGAUGCCGAGGGGGCAUGAGCAUAUUUCGUUUGUGUUUUCGAGCGCUUUUCAAGACAUUUUUGCUUAAAGUUUUCUUAGAAUAAGAUUGUAAUGGGAAAAAAGAUCCUUCUGCCGUGUUUGGAUGUAAUAAUGAGCGCUUUUUUCUAGUUUAGUAUUAGAAAUAUGGUCUUUCACUGUAUAUUUUUCUGGAAAAAGGCGAUCAUUAUUACAUCAAAACACGGCACAAGGAUCUUUUUUCCCACUACAAUCUUAUUCUAAGAAAACUUUAAGCAAAAAUGUUCCGAAAAGCGCUCGAAAAUACAAACGAAAUCUGCUCAUGCCCCCUGGGCAUCCUAUAAUACUCCUUAAAUCCAAUAAAUUUAAAAAAACCGCCCGUAUCGGUAAAAAGGUCUAUUCAGAUUUUUUACUGCUUCAGAGGAUAACUGCGUUGUUACUCUGACAUACGUAUAUGGCUUAUUUAGUUACACUGAAAACUAAAGAUCUCUGCUAAGGUAGGCUGACUAAACAGCCGACAUUUCGCAACGCCGCCGCUAGUUUCUCCGCGAAAUGAAAUCUGAGAAACGAGCGCAUAAAUUCUACACUGAUGACGCGUCACUACCCAGAUCUGGGUAGUACUUCUGAUUGGAUGAAGCAAAUUUUUUCAUUUCUUAUUCUUCAUGCAGUUGUCUUCAGCUUGUUAAACAGUCACGAAGAAGCCCUGAAACUCAGAGAAACCGCCCUUGCUACUUAUGCUGAACUCGGGGAGCAUCCAUUCUUGGGCACAAUUUACAACUAUCUCGGCAAUGAUUGCAUGGCGCUCGGCAACGCUGACAGAGCCGUGGAAUAUUUUACAGAGGCUCUUAGGAUCAGGACAACGUUGCUCGGGCAUUUUCACCAAGAGACUGCUCGUACGUGGCAUGACUUGGGUGUGGCUUUAAAAAUGAAGGUAAAGGAAAUCGUCAAUGAUUUAGGAAAAAUAAACUUUCUAAGAACGUAAGGGCAGCAUCAAACGUUCGGCUACUGAACAAAAUUUCUGCGAAAAAUUCCUUACAUCGCCUGAUCUAUAUGACUUCGUAAAUGCUCGGACUAAAGUAGCCUACUACGCAGAAGUACUUUUGGCUAGUCACACAAUACUUGAGGAAAGAACGCAUGACAAAACCCUAUGAACGGCUACGUGAUGUGGGAGGCUAGGAUUAGUCACCGUCAGUGAAAAUUAUUACCCAUUCCUUUUUUGUUGUGUGUUUUUUUUUUCGCCCCACGUAAAGGAAUCCAAGAUUGUCUUGCAUUCCAGAUUCCACGUCAUGGAUCCGGAUUCCAGGCACUGAAUUCCAGUCAGAACUUGGAUUCCGGACUCCAAUCGUUAUUCCAAAGUCCCUGAGUCCAAUGCGUUUCACAGCCCGUUAAAUAUUUUCCCCGUUAAAUUCGCUGUCUUCACAAACGUCCACUUGAACUAAUAUGGCAGUUGGUCUAUAAAUAACAGGGGCGUAGCGUGAGGUUUUGAAGGUGUACGCACGGAAAGAAAGAUUGGACCUCCGAAGCGGGGUACUGCAAACUAGGGAGGUAUACGGACAUGCUUCCCAGAAUAUGUUUCAAAUUUAGGGGCUCAGAAAUGCCAUUUCCCGCGUUUUCCGCAAGACAUUUUCAGUAAAUAAAUACGAAGGAAAAUGCAAUAAUCGGUAAGGUGUAAUGUUUACGGGAAAAAGGUACAACAGUGACGCUAUCAAAGAGGUUACAAGCAAAGGGCGAGAUGUCUACCCUUCAGACGGGUAAAGAAACCAAUAUAUAAUGCGAAAGAUUUAUCAAUCAUCCCGAUUUAAUGAUAAAAAUGCUUUCAGGAAAUGAAAAAUAUAUAUUUUCCAGAUUUCAGCUGUAGGCACGGGCGUAUGUGCGUAUAUGGACGCUACGCCCCUGAAUAAAGGCUCCCUUUGCCUGACACUUCCUUUCUUCCAUUGCAAAACCUUUAUAGUUUACUAUAACCAUUUAAAAUCAUAUGCUGCACUGAUUAUUUGACAGAUUUUAGCGCGAAAAACAAAUCUAUAAAUAGCCUGAAGUCUUUCAUUCUGUUAGGUUAGGGGCUUUUCACUUCAAAGUGUGAACGUUCGGAAAAAGCCCUGGGAGCGAGGUUGUCAUUCUAUGAUCCAGGUAUCAUGAGGAAAAUGGAGGCUCCAGGCUGCUGAGGCUCUAAAUGCGUUGAGUAUUUGAUUGAAUUGUCGUGCUAUUAUUGUUUGUAAACAGGGUGAUUAUAAAGCCGCCAUGGAAAAAUUCGACUCAGCUGUCACAAUUCAAGAAGCGUUGUUUGAUGUUCCACACGAGAAACUCAAGUCCCUCAAGGAGAAACAGGAAAUUUCUUCUCUACUAAACUCGCCUGAAACAAUCACUCAGGAGCUGCAGAUGAAAAUUGAGGAGUGUAAGAAUGAAAUGGCGCAAGCCAAACAAUCCACAAACCUGAGACUACAACACAUUAUGGAAAUCAUUAACAACAGCGAAUCUUAGAAGGAAUUGUAAUGAUUUCUCCGAAGAGUGAAACCCAGUGGGCGUGUGACCGACUAUGAUUUCACCUACAGACUUCUUGUAACAUCCUGAUCUCGUUCGGCUCGCUCAGGCUGGUCUGGUUAAAAGGCAGCAAGCAGCGAUGGACGUAAAAUAGCCUACCUCAUGCAGUUAAUUUAAUCCUUUAAUACCUCAUGAAAGAAGCUGGAGUUUGUGGAGUCGCCUUUGUGAAGAGAUCAGCGUUUUGGAUUACAGACACCUGAGGGCCUAGAUUCCAGUCUUUGCUAUGCCGCCAUAAAAGAAGUCUUUUUGGUUCCUUAAACAAGGAACUUGCCUUCAUACUUCCUCUCUCCAGUCAGGGGUAUAAAUGCACCAGUGAAACAAUGUUAGGGAUGACUCUGGGAAGAACCUUACGUCAUAGCCAGAGGAGGGGCACGUUAUCCUUGCUUUGUGCUGACAGAAACCAGGUCGAGUUGUUAUUGACCGGGUACCCUGUGGCCUACUUCGUCAGCUAUGUUAAGUUGUAAAACGUAACGUGCUUUCGAACAAACCAGUUUAAAUUGACAUAGCUAAGGACCGUCUUUGAUUCGAUCUGAAUUUAUCACACCUUUGAUGUUAAACGAGCUGUGUCACGAAAUUUAACAAAGUUUGUUCGAGAGAUUUACCGACCCUACCCCUCACAUUUUUGUGACGUUUAUUAACACCACUAAAUUAGGGCUAGGACUACCAAAUAAGAUAAUGAACAAGUCAGGCAAGUACAAGUAAGCUAGAACUGGACGAGACGAAAAAAGAGAGCGAGUUUUCGUUGUAGGGUUUUCAUCGAGUAUUGUGAAAUUUAUUGUGAGUUCUUUUACAGAGAGUAAACCAAGAAACCGUGUUAUUGUAAGUUCUAUGGGCUGUUUUGUUGUUCAGCUCAACUUCAAACAGUGAGAACUGCCACCAAAUUAAAUGAAAAAAAAAACUGCUCAAAACGUUGAAAGAAAGUAUUAAUAACACAGCAAAUACAAAAGCAGACACGGAUGGGCCGGCAAACACAAAGAAGAUUGAAACGGAUUCCAAUUGUAGCUAAUUGCUGCUAUCAGCCCAACAGUUUUUCAAAGUUCAUAUUAUAUCAAGGCAUUUUCAAUUCAGUUCACCAAGCGAUGAGAACAGCGUGACGGUGAGCGAUCGAAAGAGGCGAGCGCGUGGUAAAGUGUGCUCAUGAACGAUAUCCUCCGGAACGUCCUAGAUUCUGAUUUGCUGGAAAAAAUAAGAUACGCCAGGAGCCGCUCCUGGAUACGCUUAUGGCCUACCGCCUGAGCCCGCAGACCAUUAGCUAAACAAUUCCUUGCCAUAAAAUCCCGUACGCCGCUUGCACUUCUCCCAUAAUGCUCCUUAUUUGCCCCCCCCAAGAUUUUGCAUAAGCAUUGUUUUCAAUUUCUCUUGGGAGGGCUGUAAUACCCAGAAGAAAUGAAAAACAAAGGUUAUGAAAAAUUUUUUUUGGGGGGGGGGGGGCAAAAAGGUGCAUUAUGGGAAAUGUGGAAGUCGCAUAUCAUGAUGUCGGCAUCAUGGUGAUUUUUUUCGUUGUUUCUAACGUUUAAAAUUAGGCUUGGAAGGCAUAUUUGUUUUACAUGAAGCUGUGAUUUUGUCAUUUACAAGUUAUUUCUUAAGUGUGUUAGUGAAUGACGAAGUUUAAUUGGCUUUGUUAACAAAAUGAACUAGACAGCCAUGACAGUACAGCCCCUUUAUAGAAAAUUAAUACAGAAGUUGUCAAACAGGUAAAUACAAAAUAAGAUCGACCUACGGGAGGUUUGUGAGCCCGCGAGACUGAGCAACCCCACAAACCCUUGUUUUCACUAAAACCGCUGGACACGAAACCUCCCAUCGGUCGAUGUUACAUAUUGUCACAACCAGUCGAACAACCUAUAUAGUUUGAAGACAUUCAGAUAUUUAUUCAUGCUGCCAAAGCAAUGUCAGGAAAAAUAUCGCAAACUUUAAAUCACAUAUAGACUGAUAUAUAAAUACUAUUAAUAAUUCCUAUUAUACUACUACAUGUUUUUUUCUGCAAUUUGGUUGGCUUAGAGCAGUGGUAUUUCGGCUUAAUUUGAAAUACCUAGAUGUGAAAAUUACAACCCUUUUGUGAGUAGUAGUAUAAACAAAUAAUAGCAUGAUUUGUACCUGAUAUUUGGCAUAAAUACCACUCGUGAUAUUUCAAAAUUGUCUCAAAUUUAACUCGCCUAACGGCUCGUGAAAUUACGUAUAACAAUUUUGAAAUAUCACUUGUAGUAUUUAUGCCAAAUAUCACUACAAAUCAUGCUAUUACCUAUACUAAUAGUUCUAUCUAGUAUUUAUAAUUGUAGUUAAUUAUUAACCACUUAUGUAAAUUUCAAAUUUAUAUUUUAGGAGCCGUUAAAAAAUAUUUUCUCUCGGUAUAGUCCUGGCCCUGAGGAAAGCUAAUUUUGUUAGCCAAAAUAUUGGCCUAUAAUAAAGUAGUGCCUAAUCUCGUACCCAGAUCUCAGUCUGUUUUACACUGAAAAGUGAGAUCUCCCUUUCCCGUGGCCGUGGGAGAUCUGGGUACGAGAUUAAGUAGUGCCAGCCUUGCAUUCAGUUUUGUCUCAUUUUACACACCAAGUGUCGUCUGGCUACAGCAUCUCUUUAAUCUGAGAGAUCCGGCAAAGAACCCAGUCAGUUUUAUUUACGCGUUGCGCGGACCUCUGCAUUCCAUCAUUUUUUUCUUUUGAUAAAUGCGUGAUUCGAGGGUCCCCAAUAGGGUUUUUCUAUCCCGUAAUCCCGACCCAAAUUUUCGGGCAAUCCCGUAAUCCCGAGGGUUACUUUUGGCAUCCCACCUCCCGCGCAUACUUUCAAUCCCGAAUCUCCCCCCGAUUUCCCUUUAAAAUCCCGAAUCCCGAGCCUCAAAUAAGGCAAAUCCCGCAUCCCGAAAAACUUAUUGGAGACCCUCUUAUUCGGCUUAGCCUGAGAAAACAGCCGACAUUUGGCGACGCCACUACUGGUUUCCCCGCCAAAUGACGUCUGAGAAACGAGCGCAGAAAGUCC